AUGCCAGCGGAAGGCUUGGUGGUGGGUGCUGUAGUCUACGCCCUUGAGAACCUCACUGUCAGUGAGGGCAACUGCAGCAAGGUGGUGGUCAGAUGGGGUGCCAAGGGUGAAAUCCUCGAGUUGCUCAAGGAUGCUCAGUACUUGGUGAACUUCCCAGAGACUGUCUUGGUGAGUCCACAUUUGGCAGUGUCUGAGGAUCAAAUCGCUUUAGAGCCGCCAGAGUUUCGGCAAGGUCAAUGGGUGCAGCUUGCACGAGAGAUCCAAUUCAGGAGCAAGCGAGUGAUGCGUGACGGGCAGCCGGGUGUGGUGCGAGAUCUUCGUGUGGACGUUGAGUCCGUGGUGCUGCGCUUGGCGCCGGUGGGCGCAGUCGACAGCUUUGAUUUGAGCGUCUCCCCUAGCGAUUUGAAACCCAUGCAGGGUCUCCCAGCGAACUACGUGAACGCUGGUGCCUGUUUGCUUCACGGCGGCUUCGUACCGGGCGACAUGGUCUUCGCCUUGAAGGACAUUGUGGUCCAGACGGAGAGUGGCACAUCAGUGGCUGUGGGUUGUGGGGAUGUUGGCAUGGUGUUUGGCGAUGCAAUAUCCGCAGAAGCAAGACAAAAAGGGGAGCUUUUAAUCCGUUUUGAAGCACGGCAAGACUUGGGAAACCCAGUCUACUUGAACGUGAACCCGAAAUCUUUGAGUCGAAGCCCGCUGUUGGGAGCAGGGCGCCAUGUGGAGCUGACCAAGCCUUUGCGCUUUGCAGAUGGAACGGUCAUGGAGAGUGGUACAGUUGGAGUUGUGGUACAGAGCAUCAAUGAUGGCUACGAUGCCGACAUUAUCCAAGUUCUUGAUGGUACAAAGGAGCGCAGUUUCCAGCCAGUUGCAGAUGCCUUCGUCAUGGUCAAGGAGUCAAAGCUUGGAAAAGCUGAGCUUGAGGCGCGAUUACAGGAACUUGAGACUCUGGCAAAGAUGAAUGAUGAUGCUGGCAAGACUCGAAGGAAUGUGUCGAUGCUGGAUCAGAACCUGUGGGCCAUUUGUGGCUUUGGCAGUGGUCUAAACAUCUCAUUCCUCACACACCAGUCCAAAUGGCCUCGCUUGGGGAGUUUGUCUGCGGACAGCAGGUGCCUUACGUUGAAGCCCGCGUCCCGCGAGGGCUUCGAUGGCACGUUGGGGGGCGAGAGCACUGUGUGUUUCGACCACCAAGCAUUGGUGACUGAUGAAACACGAGUCGCGCCAUAUGCUGCGGCAAUCCGUGGUGUUGCUGCGGGUCGGAAGGUGCUAGACAUAGGCACUGGACCGGUGUGUUUCCUGGCCCGGCUCUGCCUUCGCGCCGGUGCCAGCGAGGCCGAUGCGGCGGAGAGCUCUGACGCCUCGGUGCAACGGGCAGUGGAGUGCUUCAGGGCCGAGGCCAAAGGCCACACCAGCGAACGCUUUUUGCCUGAUUGGGCGAUGCUGAAAGUUGCCUCUUUGGAGGAAGGUGAAGAAGUGCAUGUGACUGUGGAGAAUGGCACGCAUGGCACGAAUGGCACGAAUGGCACAGCGCAGAAAUUGCGGCUUUUGCGGGGUCUCUCUACGGAGCUCCCAUUGCCCAAAGGUUACAACAUGCUGGUGCACGAGAUCAUGGGUGACAUGGCAGGCAAUGAAGAUGCUGCCCUUGUGCUUCAUGAUAUACACGAACGAGGUCUUCUUGCUCCAGAUUGUGUUGUGGUACCGCGUUCUUCUUCUACACUACUGGCACCAACCGAUGUGCUAAAGCGGAGCACAAUGGAGACCCUGAUUCAUCGACUUGGACACUGUGGAGACGCCACCAUCACGCCCCGAACGCGCUACAGUGCGCGGCGCUUCCCGCCUUCGGCUUUGCUAGCGAAGCCGCAGGCAUUGGAAUUCUUGGACUUUCAGAAGGGUCCCGAGCUGUUUCAGCAGCGGAACUUGGAGUUCAGGACUUCACGAGAGGGCUUCCUGGAUGGUGUGCAUAUGCAUUUGCACGUUGAUUUGGAUGAUUCGAACUGUAUAGAUGUUCUAGAUGCUCAUAGCAAACCUGAUGAAGAUUCCUCUUGGAAUACGCUGUACCUUCGAUUGCUGGCAGAGCCUGUGCAUUUGAGCGCUCACAGCCGUGUGCUGUGCCGCUGCACUGCGGACUUGCGCCAGCGCCCAGCUCGCUACUCCUUAGCGCUUCUCGUGGGCGAGGCCAGGUUGGAUCAGCUUGGCUGCCAGAAAGAUCCAAAAAGUCCAGAAAUUCAAGAUGAGGUGCUGAUUUGCUGCACGCAGGAGGGUGCAGAGGUUGAGCUCUCUGACUUUGAGUGGCGUGAAGGGAUGCUGUUGAUUCUGCUGACAGCUUCUCAAGCUCUUAAGCAAUCCAAUGUGCCCGAUGUUUGCAUCGGUGUUGAACGGCAUAAGACUCCCACCUUGCAUCCAUUCACGGUGGGCGCGCAUGGGAGUUCCAGCAGCUCAAGCAGCCGUCACAGGCCAGCCUGUGUGGCAGCCUGCCUGGUUGCACUUGGACGAAGCACUUGCCGGCUUCGUCGCAGGGCUGUGGAGGCACCAACCAAGUCCGCACCCCGGAGAAGGCGGAGACGAGUUGCUCCGCGCGAGGAACCAGCAGAACCAGAGGUCAAGGCUGCAGAGAAAAGCAAGUCUGGUUUCCCAUCACAUUUGAGGGCCGGACAGUUGACUGCGGGACUGAAGUCUGGGCAGUUUCUGAUUGGACGACUGCGCUGCCCGAAGACCAUCUAUUUAGGCUUGGUCUUUGUCCCGGACUGUGGCGAGUUCGUUGUGAAAGGUUCCAAAGCCAUGAACCGCGCGGUGGACGGUGACCUGGUGGUGAUUGAGCGCUUGACAGACUUGCAGGAAAAACAGUACGACAAGUCAGCAGCCACGAUGCGACAUGGGAAGGUCUCUGAAGCAGAAGAGGUGGCUCAGGUGUUGCGAGACAGCACCCAGGCAGAGUCCAAUCAAGAGAAGCCAAACGCAAGGGUGGUUGCCAUCCGCCAACGAUCUCAGCGAGAGAUCGGCGGCUGCAUCUACGACAUUUCCGACUUGCAGGAUGCAGAGGAGAUUCAGAAGUACGAGGGUGUGGAAGAGGACGAUGUCAUCCUCGUGCCGGCAAACAAGCGCUUCCCGCAUCUACUGCUGAACCGCUCAGAGGUUCAGAGGCAGAUGUCAGGGGUCAAGAACCUCAAGGACAAGCGUGUCACUGCUGUGCUAACCAACUGGCAGCAAUCGUGGCAGUUACCUCGCGGUCGAUUCCACAGACUCGUGGGAAAUGCCGGUGAGCUGGAGACAGAAACCGAGAUCAUUCUGAACGAAUAUGACGUGAAAGAUGAACCAUUUUCCAAGGAGGUGCUCAACUGUUUACCUCCAGCUGAUUUCCAAGUCACAGACGAGCUCAUCAAAGAGCAAAAGCGAAAAGAUUUUCGAGAUCUUUGUGUCUUCUCCAUCGACCCUCCAGGUUGUGAAGAUGUGGAUGAUGCCCUCUCCUGUGUGAAGCUAAAGAACGGCAACUUCAGUGUGGGCGUCCACAUUGCAGAUGUGACCAACUUUGUAAAACCUGGUUCUCCCUUAGAUCGCGAGGCGGCUGAGCGUGCUACCUCAGUGUACUUGGUGAAUCGCCGGGUGGAUAUGCUGCCCCGCUUGCUGACCACGGACAUUUGUUCACUGCGAUGCGAUGGCAAGGAUCGCGUUUGCUUUUCAGCCAUUUUCGAAAUGAGUCCAGAUGCAAAAGUCCUCAAGACGUUCUUCACGAAGGGAGUAAUCAGAUCUCGAGCCGCGCUGUCCUACAAGGAGGCCCAGGAGCGUUUGGACGCGAAGACGGACGACGAGAUCGGCCAGGCGCUGCAGCACUUGGCAGCGCUGGCGCGACAGCUCCGGGAGCGACGUUUCCAGGAUGGUGCCAUUGAGCUGGAGAGCGGGGAGUUGAAGUUUGAGUUGGACACCAACACCCAACUUCCGACAAAUGUCUUCCAAUAUGAGACUCACUUCACCAACAAUCUUAUUGAGGAGUUCAUGCUUCUGGCGAACCGCCAAGUGGCCCAAGAGAUCAGUUCCGUCUGGUCCAAGCUGAGCCUCUUGCGAAGACAUCCACCACCGAAGGAGAAUUUCAUGUCUUCACUGGUGGAGCUGUUGGAGGCAAGUGGAGUCAAGGAUUUCACCUACGGCAACAACAAAGAGUUGCAAGACUCUCUGAACAAGGUGGAAAAGGCUGAUGAUCCUUUUUUCAACAGGCUUGUCCGGAUUAUGACCACACGCUGUAUGGAAGAAGCGUUGUAUUUCUGCACUGGACAAGAGCAAAGGAAAGACUGGAAGCACUUUGGUUUAGCGAUGGACCAAUACACACACUUCACAUCGCCCAUCCGGCGAUACGCCGACUGCGUGGUGCAUCGCUUUCUCAGUGCCGCGCAGGGCUUUGAAGCACUGCCCAGAGUUCUACGUGAGGAUAAGGAGAUUGUUGAUUGUUGUGCUCACCUGAACUACAAGAACAAGAACGCACGAGAUGCGGACCGAGCUUCUGUGGAGUUCCAUCUCUACCAGUUUUUCCAGCAACGUGGAGCUGUAGUCUCGGAAGGAGUGGUCAUGAGAGUUGUGAGGGAAGGAAUCAGCGUUGCCGUGGAGGAAUUCGGAGCUGAGGGCAUAGCAGAGCUGGAGGAAAAAAGUUGGGGAGUCCUCCCAGAAAAGCAGCUUCUUUAUGGACGGCCGAGAACAAAAUUUCAAGGCUUUCAGAUCAAUGUCUUUGAUCGUGUGGUGGUAAAGAUAGAAGCAGACAAGGAUGAUUUGACGAAGCGCAGAUUGAAGUUCACGUUCUUGGGGAUGCCGAGUCAUUUGCCGGAUGGGAGCCAAGCGCCAAUGCCAGAGGUGGCUGACAAAGAAGCUCAACCCCCGGAGUCGUCCCAGAGUUGA